AUGCAGCCCGCGUCCGAACUGCCGGAAGAACCUAUGCCACCACUCAAGGACGGCGUCCAGGCCUCCUCGGUGGCCCCAGGGCAGGCAUAUCCCGGCGACGCCAAGACAGCGCACGACCUCCUGUUGCCCGGGACCACCAUUCAUGCUUCCCAUGCCGGCCCUGUCUCUCCAUGCGGAUCAACCGACAGCGCCGCGGAGCUGCUGCGUACGAUCACGCAACUCCGCAUCACGACUAACGCCUUGACAACGUCGAGUUCCAAGCUGCCUCCUGUCGCGCUGCCAACACUGUGCGCCAUCAAUGCCGUGUUGGCGGCCGCCUCACAAAAUCUGGAGAGCAGUUCACCCGAGAACCGCCGAGAGCUCCGCGGUGUCCUCACGCGGCUCUCAGAGCAACUGGCAUGCUUGGCGUGGGCACACUCCGGAUUUUCGCCUGCCGUCCCACCAUCGGCGGCUGCCUGCGAACUACCGGUGUUCCGCGGAUUCCAGGACGACGCGGUCCUGUGGAUCGAGACCAUCAACUCGCUCGACAUCAUCGCGGACGCGGAAGGCCACCCGGCUUACACGGAUACCGGACGUGAGCAGGACUCCACGCCACGUACUUCAUACUCCGCGACGCCUGCUCCAGAACCUACCACACCAGACAAGGAUACCACCCACAAGGCCCAGCAGUUGGCGAUGCGGCCUCCACGCUCGCCAGCGCGUGGAAACAUGCACGUUCCAGAUCUCCCAGUGCCUGACACGCUCCAAGUCAAGAAACCGGACAAGCCCACCACAACCAUCAACAUGCCCUCAGGCCCACCGGGACAGCUACCGCAAAUUCCAGAGCAGUCACUGCCCGAAUGCGCGGACGGUCACCGUGUGCUGCUGUGCACAGUACACCAAAGGAAGCAGCAAUUGGGGUGUCAAAUUGACAAUAUUCAUACCAAUGACAUACACUCUCGAAUCCUAGAAAGUGAUAAACGGGGAGUUCAGUGCAAUGAUGAAAAACGAAAGAAGAACAAGUGCUAUGGCGGCGUGGCCAGGAUUGCCUACCAGGCGCGCAAGAUCAAGAAGACUACAAAGAAUGUGCUGUUUGUCAAUGCUGGAGACUUUUUUCAAGGAACACUAUGGUACUCCAUACUAAGACAUAAGAUUGUGUCGGCAGCAAUGUCCCAAAUGGGUUAUGACGUAGUGUGCCUAGGAAAUCAUGAGUUCGAUGACGGACCGGAAGGACUGGCACCAUUUCUUCAAAUAAUGAAAGAAGAAAAUGUCCGCGUUCUGGGAACAAAUCUGGACACGUCUGCUGAGCCGAGCUUUAGGGGCAUCUAUUUACCAAAGUCGACAGUGUACACUUUUGAAGGUCACCAGAUAGCAUUUCUGGGUGUCGUUACUACUGAGACUAUAACGAUUGCCAAACCUGGUCGCAUCCAGAUACUGCCAGAAAUUCAGAGUAUAAACCGCGAGAUCGCCAAUCUCAAACAACGAGGUAUUAAUACUUUUAUCCUGAUAAGCCACGUUGGCUUCGACGUUGACCAAAAACUCGCCGCGGCAUGCCCUGAGCUUGACCUGAUUAUCGGUGGGCACACGAACACGUUUUUGUACUCAGGAAGCCCACCGGUUGACGAUAAGCCCGAAGGGCCGUAUCCUGUUGUGCAUAAACGAUCAGAUGGAACAUACUGCCUCAUUGUGCAAGAUUACCGCUUCGGAAAAUAUCUGGGCCACCUCCGUAUGGAAAUAAACCGACAUGGAGUCAUAACCCACUGGAUUGGCAAUCCAAUAUUGCUGAGCCAGGACAUACCUCAAGAUAUGCGCAUUUUGGACAGCAUGAUGCCGUACAAAAAGAUCGUGGACGAUGCGAUCAGAAAAACAGUGGGAUCCACCAAAGUCGUGCUGGAGGCCGACGGAAAGCUGUGCCGUUACAGGGAGUGCAAUUCUGUUAACUUGAUGGCUGAUUCAUUCCUUGAUUUCUACGCGAACAGGGACAGCCCUUUUCGAGGAGCCUGGUCCGUAAUAAACGCCGCCGUCAUCAACGGAGGCAUCGCGAGGGACACUAUAAGGCAAAAUUCAAACGUUACUCUGGGAGAUCUACUGGGUGCCAUGCCGUACGACAGUGAUUUGGUCGUGAUGAAUAUGAAAGGAAGUGAACUGUGGAAUAUGAUUGAAUACGGUGUGCGUGAUUUCGCUUGGUAUCCAGACUUGAAUGGAAAAUUUUUGCAAGUGUCAGGUGCCCGUGUUGUAUAUGACUUCCGCCAGCCGAAUGGUCAAAGAGUUGUAUCACUGAAAAUGCUAUGCGCCAACUGUAGUAUUCCUGUCUAUAAGCCAGUUAGAAGGAAUAUGGUGUACAGCAUCGUGACGACUUCUUUUAUUACAAACGGAGGCGACGGAUUCAAAUUCAGUGACAGUGUUACCAAGCAUACCGAAGGUGUCAGUGCAUUUGAUGUAUUUUCGAAGUAGUUCACGAAAACAUCUCCUGUGAAGACUCCUGAAGACGACAGGGUCAUCGUGCUGAACCUUCCGAAAAGACGAAACAAUUCACCGUACAAAUAAAACUACGGGAAUAUUACAUGCAUGUACAUUCUUGAUAAAGGUGUCG